GUUCUCGACAGUCGUGUGUGAGUUCACAGGGCUGUCAAAGUCAGCUAGCCUCUCUCCCAUUUAGCCGAGCUAGCUAGUUCACUUUAAUUCAAAAUGGCAUCAGUUGAGGAAAUAUCUAAUGAUGUGUUAGAUGCGGGAGAGGAGUUAAAGACAAACUAUGACAAUAUGGAAGAAGAACUAAAUAUGGAUCUGGAGGAGCCUUUGAGCGGCGGAUAUGUGUUUUACAGGGACAGGAAAGAAUGGGCAGAUCUGGAGCCUGUUCCUCAGGAUGAUGGACCAAACCCUGUGGUAAAAAUCGCAUAUUCAGACAGAUUCACAGAUGUGUAUGAUUACUUCAGAGCCUUGCUGAAGAAUGAUGAGAAGAGUGAGAGAGCGUUCGAGCUCACUGCUGAAGCCAUUGAUCUUAACGCUGCAAAUUAUACAGUAUGGCACUACAGGAGAGUACUGCUGCAGGCUUUGGAGAAAGAUCUGAGAAAGGAGAUGAAAUAUAUCACUGCAAUUAUAGAAGACCAACCCAAGAACUAUCAAGUCUGGCAUCACAGGCGCAUGGUGGUUGAGUGGCUUAAUGAUCCAUCUGAAGAGCUGCAGUUCACAUCUGAGAUCCUCGUUCAGGAUGCCAAGAACUACCAUGCAUGGCAGCACAGACAGUGGGUCAUUCAGGAAUAUAAACUUUGGGACGGGGAGCUGGAAUACGUAGAGGAACUGCUGGAGGAAGAUGUGAGGAAUAACUCUGCGUGGAACCAGCGUCAUUUUGUCAUCAGCCAUACCACCACUUACUCUUCCUCAGAAGUGCUAGAGCGAGAAGUGCAGUACACAAUAAAACAAAUCAAGAAAGCACCACACAAUGAAAGUGCAUGGAACUAUUUGAAAGGGAUUCUGCAGGCUACAGGACUAUCGGCGCAUCCUGGGGUGCUGCAGCAAGUUCAGGAACUGCAGGAGACGUCCUGCUCACCACAUCUGCUUGGCUUCCUAGUGGAUUUCUACGAGGACGCACUCGAAACCAAUAACAGUAACAACAAGGCAGACACACUCAACAAGGCCUUGGAGGAACAUUAAACACGGUGUUUACAGCAAUAAGGAAAGAAGAACCAGUUGGAAUCUGUAGGAACCAGAGGAACCAGACCAAUUAAUUAUUGAAAUGCAGUCCAACGGACACUUUGUUUUUGAGAUUUUUUUUUUUGUAUUGGCUCGAGACGAGACUCAUUCGAGAUGCAUGAAAAUAUCAGGUGUGAUUGGUUGUCCAUCUCAGUUAUCCAUUCCUUUGGUGAUAGGUAAUAGCUUUACCUUGUGUAAUCCAUUGUUGUGGAUACUGGGUAAACGUGCAGCUGCUGUGAUAAUGUUAUGAUAAUGUGGAUGAUGAGUGUUUUGGGUAAGACAAGCCCAUUUAGUCCAUGUGGCACUGCACAUACAUACACUCACCAGCCAUUUUAUUAGGAUCACUAUGUUAAUACCGGGUAGGACCCCCUUUGCUCUGAGAACAGUCUCGGUUCUUCAUGGCAUAGAUUCCAUAAGGUGUUGGAAACAUUGCUUUGAGAUUCUGAUCCAUGCUGACAUGAUUGCAUCACAUAAUUGCUGCACAUUUUUCUGCUGCACAUUCAUGCUGCGAAUUUCCUAUUCUACCACAUCCCACAGAUGCUUCACUAAUUUGUGGCGAUAAAGGGAUGCACAAAGUCAGCAGCAGUACUCAGACAGACUGUGACAUUCAAACUAUGCUUGAUUGGUAUUAAACGGUCAAAUGUGUGCCAAGAAAACAUUCCCCACACCAUUACACCACCACCAGCAGCUUGUGAGUGUUUGUAUAUGUGAAAAUAUAUAGGAGAAAAACAGGUGUGUGUGUGAAUAUAUGCACAAACACACAAAACAGGGUACAAUCGAGUAUAUUUUGGCAGCAGUCAAAUUAUAGUUCUGAGUCAAUUACAAUUAAGUCAGAUUGCAAUAUACAGAGAUGGAUUAUUUAAUUAAGUAAUAAAAAAGAAGUUGUCUCCACAAUGUAAUAAAAAAAGAAAUGGUCUCUGUGAUGUUUGAACAAUUUCUGUGCAGUCACUUACUGUGAAAUAAGCAUAGUAUUUUUUAUGAAGGCAUAAACAAAGUAAUUUCCCAAAGAUGCUUUAAUUAAAAUGCAGCCCAAAGGAGUUUUCUUCAACUUUUUUUUUUCAGCAGAGUGACUAAGGAAUGGCAACACGUAUUUAAGUCUUAAAGAAACAAACCCAUACUAGUGACCUUUUCAGAUAGAGAAAGAAGUGCUGAAUAUUGAGAAUCGUUAACAGUAGGAUCACUUUUCCUUGAGCUAAAAGGCUUUUAGUGUCUCACAGAGAGGUGUAUUGUUCCCUCAGGAGUACUACAAACCAAUCCCUCUUCCUGUGUGAAAAAUGUCAGCUCUACAGUAAAGUGCAGGUCAGGCUGCCUGUGCCUCCUGGGGAAAUUUGCAGUGUUUUACAGUGUCAUAUUAUUCUUGAUAAUCUGUAGUAAUUGGUCUUAAUUAGCUUCCCCCCUUCCCCCACCCACACGCCCCUUCUCC